AUGGCCGAAUCACUGAACCCCCCAUUGUCCUACGAGGCAUCUGCGACAACUACUCACCCCCAUGUCGCAACUUCCCUUCCAUCCGAGGUGAUCCAAUGCCUCAAGAACUCCCGCUUUCUCCAUCUCGCAACAUGCGAUGACAAAACCCCCCAUAUCUCACUCAUGUCCUACACCUAUCUCCCCUCGACACCCUACGACCCCCACCCCACCAUCAUCAUGACCACGAACCCCGCAUCGCGCAAAACAAACCACCUGCUGUCCAACCCGCGCGUUUCCCUGCUGGUCCACGACUGGGUGUCACAUCGGCCCCCGACCCGCGCUACAACCGGUGAGCGCGAGGGUUCGCCUCCUCCCGCGGCGACCCGGUCGUCUCUGGCCAGCCUGUUGCUCAACUUGAACACGAGUGCGCUGUCGAGUAUCUCCACCACUAUCUGUGGCGAGGCGCGGUUCCUGGAGUCUGGGUCUGAUGAGGAGUCUUGGUGCAAGGAGCGUCAUCUCGAGAAUAAUACCUUUGAGGAAGAGGAGAUCAAUCUGUUUGGUCAGCAGCAACAGGAUCCUAAUGCUAGACGACCUAGUGUCUCUAUUGAUACUGAUGUGCGGGUUGUUACGGUUCGUGUGACUGAGGGCCGUAUUGCUGACUGGAAGGGUGGUGUUCGUGACUGGGUUUUGCUUCCGGCUGAGGGUCAGGAUGCUGGCCUUGUUAAUGGGGUUUCCUCAUAG